UUACGCCCUGGCAGGGUGACAGGGGACGGCGGGACCCGCCUGUUCCUCUUCCCACACCCCUGCCCGCGCCAGGCAGAGCCGCAGCCGGAGCGCAGGCGCCCGGCGGGGCGGAGGGGCCAUGGGGCACCCUGCGGCCCCCCUAAUGCCGCUGCUGCUGCUGGUGCUGCAGCCCGCGGCCCCCUGCUUCACCGUGCCGUCGGAUGCCCCCGCCGAGCUAAAUCUGACCAACAGCAGCCGCCGGUGCGCCGAGUUGGACUGGGGCCUCUUCCAGCGGCAGAACCAGCUGUGGCUGAGCCAUAACGGCAUCGAGGCCCUGAGCCCCUCAUCCCGCGUCGAGCCGGAGCUGGAAAAGCUGGACCUGUCGUACAACCGGCUACGGGAGCUGCCGGCCGCUUUCCUGAGCCGAGCGUGGGGGCUCCGGCAUCUCCGGCUGCAGCACAACCGGCUACGGGAACUGCCCGCCGGUUUCUUCGCCAACGCCACGGCUCUGCAGAAGCUGUGGCUUCAGGGUAACCCCCUGCCCGCCGUGCCCACCACCGCCUUCCAGGACGGCCUGCGGUAUUUGGCGGUGCCGUGCCGCUGCGACGUGGCCGGCAGCGUCCUGGCAGCCUGCUCGCGGCCCGAGGGCGCGGCGCUCCGGUGCCAGUGCUUCAAGUCCCACGACGAUUCCUUCAACGUCACCGAUUUCCACGCCCGGGAAUGCCGGGGCGACGUGGGGCUGGUGGCCGGCGCGGUCGGGGCCACCGGCGGGGCGGCCGUGCUGCUGGCGAUCGCCGCCGUGGUUUGGUACCGGCGGAGGAAAGCGGCCGGCGCCGCUGCCGGCGCGGGGUGGGGUAAGCGGGAGUCUGCCACGGCCCACGGGCAGCCCCGCUACAUCAGCCGGGCCGCUGAGAUCGGCACCGCCGAUGCCACCGCUGCCGCGCCGGACUAUGAGAACGUCUUCGUGAGCCCCUGCGCCGCUCCGGCUGCCGCGCGGGGCUGGACGCCGGAAUGGCAGGAGCGGCGGUACAGACCCCAGGUUCCGGUGGACGAUGACUAUUUUCUGGAGAGCGACUCCGUCUCCGGGGACCAGCCCAUCUACGCCAACACGCAGACCCCCGGCGAGGACAGCAUCUACAUCAUCCCCAACCAGUGAGGGGCCGGGGGGGGGGGAAUCCGGGGGGGGGGCUGUGGGGACGAAGCUCUGGCUCCCACCGACGCUUCUCCCUGAGGCUUUCCCUGGUGGCCCCCCCCCAGCCCAGAGGGGAUGGGGAUGGGCGCUCCCCAUGGAUGAAGGCUCCGUGGGUCUCCCCACGGCUGGGACGGCGACACGCGUGGUCCCCACGCACGCAUCCUGCCAAGGAGGCCUUUCUCAGAGGGGGCGGGGGGGCGCAUUAUUUUUAAUCACCCCCCCCCCCUCCAACCCCCUCCUUCGCCCCAGUUCCCACCACGGGGCGAGCGAUGAGGGCUAGCGCUUCCUCCCCAGGGCCGGCAGCCACCGACCGCGGGGACGCUUCAGCACGGCAUCCGCCGGCACGCCGGCACGCCGGAGCCUUCCCAGCCGGGGACACGUGGGGGGGGGCCCCCCCCCCCCCCCCCCCCGCCUCCCCGGGGCCAUCUGGCAGAGCGGGGGGCCGUGGGGUGACUGCGGCACACGGUUCCUCUUCCCCUUUCGGCUGCCGAUGGAGAGCGUCCGGGUGCACGUGCGCUUGGGGACGUGUCGGUGGUUGGGGACAUCUGGGCACCGGGAACAACCCCGCCGUCGCCUGCAGCACCUCCGCCCUUUUCCUGCUAAAUCUGCCACUUUUGGGAACAGAGCCGUAGCACCCUUUUGUUUGGUUUUUUUUUUUUUUUUAAUGCUCCUAGCAAGAUCCCUGAGCCCGGCGCUGCCAGGUUGUGCACCCCGAGGGGACCGGCAGCCUGGGGACAUGGGGACCCUACGGCUUGUCUGGGUGCCCCCCCCCAAUUCUUCGUGGGUUCCCUGAGCUCCGGUCCUUGUGAUGCUCCACCGUGCCCCAUUAAAUGGUUUAAUUAUCUUCAA